AUGGCCGAAAACCUCCCAACUCACCGUCGUACAUGGCGUCGCACCGACGACUACACCCCAGGCACCCCCAAAGUAACCCUAGUCACAGAAGCCCUCCCCCUCCCGCUCGCCCCAACACAAGUCCUCAUCAAGGUCCAUGCCGUCGCCUUGAAUUAUCGCGACGCCAACAUCGCCAACGGCGGCAACCCAUGGCCUGUCAUCCCGCAUGGCAUCCUCGGCAACGACGCAGCGGGCGAGAUCAUCGCGGCUGGUAACAAGGUCAAGAACCUCCGCGUCGGCGACCGCGGGAGCCCCGUUACCGACACCAAGUUCGUCACGGGCCGCGAGACGGGGCGAUCAUGGCUUGCUGCUAAUGAGGACGGUGUGCUGGCGGAUUACCUGGUGUUUGAGGAGCAUCUUAUUGCUAAGGUCCCGGAGCAUCUGGAUUGGGUGAAUUGUGCGAUUUUGCCUUGUGCAGGGGCGACGGCAUGGUCUGCGAUUAAGGGGCUUACAAUUGGGCAAAGCGUCUUUAUCCAAGGAACUGGCGGGGUCGCCAUGUUUGCUCUCAAACUUGCCCAAGCCGCUGGCCUAAAAGUCAUUUUAAGCUCGUCCAGCGACGACAAGAUCAAGAAGAUCCAGGAGUCUUUCCCAUCUGCACCCAUUUAUGGCGUUAAUUACAAAACGCAUCCGAACUGGGAAGAGGAAGUCCUGAAGCUCACGGACGGUGUCGGAGUUGACCUGACAGUCGACAACGGAGGCUCCACCUCCCUCGUGAAGAGCGUUCUGUGCACUCGUCGUGGUGGUAUUGUCAGCCAGGUUGGGUACCUGGGAGGCCAAGACCCGUCUCAAUUGAAGGAGUUUGUUUCAACCAUCAUCGAUCGUCGGACAAUCGUCAGAGGCAUCAAUGCGGGAUCGAGACUUGACAUGGAGGACAUGGCUGCUGCUAUAUCAGCGACAGGUCUCAAGUUCGACGACAUCAUCGAUACUGUGUAUGACUUUGAGCAGGCUGAGGAAGCGCUUCAGUACAUCUGGGAAGGCAAGCAGGUUGGGAAACUGGUGUUGAGGAUAUAG